GGCGACCAGGCCCGCUGGCUUUUCUUUAACAGAGUCCAUGCAUGAAUGGGGGCCGGGCAGACUGGGAUAAGCAUGAAAUGGAUACAUGGGAAGAUGAUCCAGCUGACCAACGUACUUGCCUUAUCUGUGGAGAUCGCGCCACAGGCCUGCACUAUGGCAUCAUCUCCUGCGAGGGCUGCAAAGGCUUCUUCAAGCGCAGCAUUUGCAACAAGCGGGUGUAUCGCUGCAGCCGGGACAAGAACUGUGAGAUGUCUCGCAAGCAGCGCAACCGCUGCCAGUACUGCCGCCUACUCAAGUGUCUACAAAUGGGGAUGAACCGCAAAGCAAUCAGGGAAGAUGGCAUGCCGGGAGGUAGGAACAAAAGCAUCGGGCCUGUUCAGAUCACAGAGGAAGAGAUUGAGCGAAUCAUGUCAGGGCAGGAGUUCAAGGAGGAUGCCCCGGACCAUACCUGGGGCAACAACGGCGACAGUGACCACAGCUCUCCAAGCAAUGGAGCUUCAGAGGGCAACCAGCCAUCACCCGCCUCCACUCUGUCAUCCAAUCGCUCUGUGGAAAUGAACGGCUACACAGCUGCUCUCAGGGACCAGUACAUCAACACCUCCAUGUCCACACACUACCAGCUCCUGCCUCACCUGUUCAGCUAUGCCGCCCAGUCUGGCCUGCUGGCCCCCCAGCCCCGCAGCAUCUACCCACAGUCCCACCCACUGGUGCUGCAGCUGGUGGCCGCUGAAGACCUUGCACCUCUGGCCACCCCAAUGCUCAUUGAAGAUGGGUAUAAAGUGACACAGGUGGAGCUGUUUGCUCUGCUGUGUCGCCUCGCGGACGAGCUGCUCUUCCGUCAGAUCUCGUGGAUCAAGAAGCUGCCGUUCUUCUGCGAGCUCUCCAUAGAGGACUACACCUGCCUGCUCAGCUCCACCUGGCAGGAGCUCAUCCUGCUGUCUUGCCUCACCAUCUACAGCGCCCAGAUCUUUGGAGACCUGGCCGAUGUCACUGCCAAGUACACACCUUCUGAUGAAGAGCUGCAGAACUUCAGCGAGGACAGUAUGGAUGUAAUGGAGAGGCUGAUAUAUCUGUUCCGCAAAUUCCACCAGUUGAAGAUCAGUAAUGAGGAGUACGCCUGCAUGAAAGCCAUCAACUUCCUCAAUCAAGAUAUCAGAGGAUUGUCCAACAUCUCCCAGCUUGAGCAGCUGAACAAGCGUUACUGGUAUGUGUGCCAGGACUACACUGAGUACAAGUAUCCACACCAGCCCAAACGCUUCCCCGAGAUCAUGAUGUGUCUGCCAGAGAUCCGCUGCAUCGCAGGAAAGCUGGUGAAUAUCCCUCUGGAGCAGCUCCCCCUAAUGUUCAAAGCAGUCUUGCACUCCUGCAAAUCCAGCCUGACCAGCUACAGGAUCGGCCCGUCGCCCUGUGUGACCACCGCCUCCGCAAACUAGACUCCCCCGACCUCGCGAGUCGAGGGAAUGGUCUCCCCUCUUGUGAAUGUGACAAGCAGCUAGUUUGUUUUUUGUAACUUUUUUCUUUAUAUAUUUAUUACACGACAGAGCUGAAUGUAUGCUGAUUUACACUGUGCACAUGCUUCUGUACAAAACAAAUGCGCAUAGAUGCAUUGGUCUUUGGAGUUUACAAGUGUGUAUCCAGUUUGCUCAAUGUGUCAGUGUUGCCAUUGUUAGAGCUAGACUUUAAAAGAGUUUAUUUUAUUCAGACGGGAGGCGGACAGACACAUGUGACGAGUGUUUUGAGACUACCUCAGGAAGAUGUUGUUGCUAUUUUCAGGUACCUUUUCUUGCCGUUAAAUGAAGAGUUGCCCAGUCUAAAACCAAAUCCCUGUGGAUGCUUUGGUACCUCAAUCACUGAAUGACUGAAUGUUGAAAGGAGCUGCGUAAAUCAAAGAUUUGAGAACAGUGUUUUGUUACAAUGAAAUUGCAAAUUAAUUUAGCAAAAUUUUGCUGCUUUAUUUGCAUGGGCUCUCAGGCAUCCUGCCAAUGAGAGGCGGUCUUGUCAAUUUAACAUUCCAUGAGUUAAGGUGACAGCUGGAUCUGUGGGAUCUUCAUUGAAAAAGGAGCAUACGGGUAUUUUUUACAAUCAUAGACUGGGGAUCUAAGGCUUUAUUGCAGGGGAAGGGAGGAUAGCUAGGUUUUUCUGUUAGUUUUAUUGGGGGUUUUUUGUUUGUUUUUUUUGACCAAAGUGUUAUGCAAUGCUUCUCCAACACCCAUUGAUGGGUUGGGAGCUGAUAGCUCAACAAAAAAGAUUUCUUAUCAAUGAAGGAUCAGAAUAAGAAAUUAAUCAGAGGGGACACCCUCUGCUGGACAGAUGAGUAUGUUGCCGGAUUUCAUUCUAAAUGCUGCUAAACAUGCACACACUCGUGCACACACACAUACACACACACACACUCAUAUAUAUAUAUGUAGAGAGAGAGAGCAGACAUGACUCCUUUGUUUUUCACUCUGCUGCUGCUGCCUUUAGUGCCAGGAACCCAGGUAUUGUACUGGUUCUUGUAUAAGGUCAACUAAGAUCCACGUUGCUGGCUCUACCUGGUUAAAGUGAUAAUCCAUGACAUUUCUAGGAAAUGUCUAGUGGUCAUAAAAAAGUUGACAAAACAUAACCCUGACCCACCGUCUUCCUGAUUCUGGAUGGGUCUUCAAAAGCAAAACCAUAAGUAAGAAUACAUGGUUAACACUUCAGCAUUCUUUGCUGUUCACUGUUGGCAUUCACACAAAAAACUAAAACCAAGCAACAAAGUUCACCAGGGCAGUUCAUACUAGAUUUGGUGGAAUGUGAUGUUUCUCAUCCGACGCAGCUCUCGUUUGUUGUUUUCUGAUUGGCUGAUCAAUGUGGCAGCAUGCCAUUUCUCAGGUCUUGUCAGGUUUAGUCUAGCUUUUGCACAGAUCCAAAGUUUGUUGCUGUUGAAAUCAGACCUAAACCAAAGAGAUGCUAGAAAGUGACUCUGUUCAGGCCAGGAUGUCAGGUUCUGAGUGGGUUAAGGACCUCUGUCAGCUAAAGGAAACCUGCUGUUUUAUUUACCAACCUGCUACAUCUUUGUGUUUUCAAACCAAAGUCGUCUGGAUUAUCUCUUUAACCAGUUUUGUACCAGAAUAGAUUCAGGAAACCAGUCUUGGUUUACAGAAUUUAGAAGACUUACCCCCGGCUUGCUUACCCUCUGUGACAGAUAUGCACAUAGUUUUAAAAGCCAUAGUAAAUGGGCUUUAUUUUUAAGUAUGAGUUGAUCAUUUCAGACCACUCGAAGUGUCCUCUUGAUUCCCAAAGCCAUUUCAUAACGUUAGGCGAACAAUUUGAAAUGCAGACAAAAUGCAGUCCUCGCAAUGACUCUCUUUUUUGCACACGACGGUGAGGUUCAGAGACCUUGACCCUUGACCUUGGCCACUGCCCACCCAGUGUGUUCCUCUCUCUCAGGUCCCUGCCGACCUGGAUCUAAACAGGGUAAAGUGAGUGUUAUGUAUUGCAUUCAGGAGUUCCUCGGCGACCACGCUGAUGUACUUGUAGUAUUAGUAGAUGUAGGUUCCAGGACAUUGUAGGUCCUUUGUAGACAAGUGUUUUGUUUUUCACUUUAUUUUCCCUACCCCCCCCCCCCCCCUCAUUCAGUGAAAGUGGAUAUAGUUUGAAGGUGAGACAUGCAGGACUGAUUUUUCACUGUUAAUCAGAAUGGAUGAAGCGAGAUGGCAUCAACUCUCGCUCUCUGUCUGCAGCCUUAACAAACACCACCAGUUAAAAGCAGUGUUCCACUUUACAAUGUUUCUGUUAGCCUCUUUUCAUCUUUAAUUUUUAUACAUUUUCAUGUACCUUUGUAGUUAUUG